UGAAAGUGACGGAGCGUUUCUCAAACGUUGAGAAUGUGAGAAAUCCGCCUGAGGAGAGUCAAGGGACAAAGGAUCCGCACGGUGCUCCAGAAUGGCUCAGCAGCAAAUCAACGAAGAAGGGACAGCAUUAAUACACGUGCACAGACCUGAAUGGAGAUGUUCAAUGAUCUCUGCUUCUUUUAAUUUUAUCAACUCCAUCAUAGGAUCUGGAAUAAUAGGUUUGCCAUACGCAUUGAACCAGGCUGGGCUUCCAUUCGGCCUGCUCCUUUUGAUGUUGGUUGGUUUUAUAACAGACUACUCAAUUGUUCUACUAAUUAAAGGAGGAAAUCUCUCAGGAUCAAACAGUUAUCAGUCGCUGGUACAAAACACAUUUGGUUUUCCUGGAUUUUUGAUUUUAUCUGCUCUACAGUUUCUGUAUCCUUUCAUAGCCAUGAUCAGCUAUAACAUCACAACUGGUGACACACUGUCCAAAGUAUUUCAGAGAAUCCCAGGAGUUGGUCCAGACCACAUCCUUGCAGAGCGCCACUUUGUGAUCUUGUUGUCUACCUGUCUGUUCACCCUGCCGCUCUCACUUUAUCGAAACAUCGAGAGACUUGGGAAGGUGUCCUUCAUGUCAAUGGUGCUAACACUCACCAUCCUCAUCAUCGUCAUGAUCCGAGCAGCUACUCUUGGACCGCAGAUUGUUCCUACAGAGACGGCGUGGGUAUUCGCAAAGUGGAAUGCCAUUCAGGCUGUUGGUGUGAUGUCUUUUGCCUUUAUAUGCCACCACAACAGCUUUCUGAUCUACAACUCUCUAGAGCAUCCCACUUUAUCCAACUGGUCUCGGGUCACCCACAUCUCUGUGGGCUCUGCACUGAUAAUCAGUGCUGCAUUCGCUGUUGCAGGCUACACAACAUUCACAGGCUACACACAAGGAGACAUUUUUGAGAACUACUGCAGAAAUGAUAACCUGGCAACAUUUGGUCGGUUCUGCUUCGGCCUCAGCAUAAUUACAACAUUUCCACUCGAGUGUUUUGUUACCCGAGAGGUGCUUUCCAAUGUCAUAUGCAGUCGUCCUCUUUCCAAAGCUGAACAUGCAUCGAUAACUCUACUCAUAGUUGGUGUCUGCACAGCAUUAUCCCUGGCUUAUGACUGCCUGGGAAUUGUUUUAGAGCUAAAUGGAGUUCUGAGUGCCACACCUCUGAUCUUUAUCAUCCCAUCGGCGUGCUACCUCAAGCUCAGCCCAGGCCACUGGUUCCGUGGUGAAAAGCUAAUUCCCAUCAUGCUGAUAAUAAUUGGCUUAUUUGUUAUGAUCACUGGCCUGAUACUGAUUGGUGUCUUCCCUCAAGAUUGCUCACACGGUGUUGAGAUGUUCUAUUGUGCUGAUGCCAACGUUUCUGGCACGAUACCCCCUGAAUGACAGAAACCUGCCCCACAUAUGUAUUUUCCCUAGAGAUACACUGACGCACAAAUAAACAAAGGGCAACAAUGUCUUUAUGUGGAUCAAGUAUUCUUAUUCCUACCUCAGGAGAGAGUGCUAAUUUGAGCUGUUUGGAUACUGGAUCCUUUAUUUUUCUUAUAAUUUAGCUUAUACAUGAGUAGUGUCUCAUGUAUAAUGAGAUAGUUUUGUUUUUCUUAACUGUCUAUAAUUCUGAGGUGCUGAAGAAAGAGGAUUCUAACUUUCUAUCUUCAUUUUUUGACUAAUUGCAUGUUUUGAUAUAAAAUUAUGGAUUAAACAAAGAGUUAUCCUUAUCAACAACAGUGAUGAAAUAACUUUUGUAUUUAGAAGUAUCCAUUUUGACAAAUUACUAAAUCCUGAAAAUUCCCCGAGUGUGAUUAUACCCAAAUAAUAUGGUCCUGCACCUUUAGUUGGACCCUUUGCUUUUAUAUUGCUGUUGCAAUUUCACUGUGAUCUUGAUUUUCAGAACACAUAAUAUAUUUAUCUAGAUUUGAAUGCAUUGUAUUAUUGUCAAAGUUGUCUUUUUAGAAGAAGUAACAAACUGUUAUAUUCCAACCAUAAGGGCAAUGGCGUAUUUAA